AUGACUGAAGUAUUUGGUGAUCUAUGGAGUCUCACCAACACUACAGAAACUAGCAACUAUAAGAACUCCACGGUUACAACGAAAAUACCCACGUCCACAUACAAAUUCAAGCCGGACCUUUAUAUUGCUCAAGAGGGCAAGAUCGACAAUUUUUUGGAAUACCAGAUAGCGUGGGGUAUCGACACCUAUUAUGUACCCAUCUGCUCGACGUUAGGAAUCAUUGGUAACACCUUAUGCUUUCUGAUAUUGAUGCUGUCCAGGAGCACGACAACCUACCAAUACAUGGCUGCCAUUUCCUGUACGGACACGUUGAUUUUGAUCCUGAAUAUUAUGUUUUUAGUACGCAAGUUCCCUGGUCACGAGAUUUUCUACACAGAAACAUGCGGUUUGAUAUUUUUCUUGUUUUAUUUCGCCAUUCAUCUCAAUGUAGCGUUAAUGGUAACGAUGACAGCAGAGCGAUAUGCAGCCAUUCGCUUUCCACUAAAAGCAUCAAGAUGGUUUACUAUCAGGAAAGCUCGAGUGGCGAUACUUAUACAGAUAUUCCUAGUCUUUACCCUGGAUCUCCAUAACUUUUUCACCAGGGAAAUGGUAGAAGUGGAUGGAGGCAACAGUAGCAUCUGUUCUAAUGUUGGAGAGAUGAAUACCUUCUUUUUGACCAUGAUCUGGCCCUGGAUUGAUGCAGUAUGGUAUUGUUACUUUCCCUUGGCUUGUCUCUGUGUGCUCAAUAUAUUGAUCAUUUAUCACAUCAAAAAAUCUGGUAGAAUUCAGCGACAGAUGACGCAAACCGGCCAAACUGAGAAUACCGGGAAAGAGCGUCAAAUAACGAUCAUGUUGCUGUUGGUGACAUUCUGUUUUCUAAUAUUUGUUGGUCCUAUGGCGAUGAUUAUAAUUAUUGAGCGCUAUCUCUGGUUCCGGGUAAGAGCGCAGGAACAUGCCCUAUAUUUUCUGGUCAGGACCAUUCUCAAUUAUCUGAUGUACACCAACCACGCUCUUAAUUUCCUUCUGUACUUUAUGAGUGGACAGAGAUUUAGAAACCAGGCGAAAGAAACUCUCUGUAUUUGUCGCCGCUCUACACUGGGUACGUACAAGCCAGAAGCACGAGCAGCCGGCAAUACGGGGUCAUCUCUCAGUGUAGCGACCUUGAGUACCGAUGUCAGCAAGAGUGUUGCUGGUUCUCAGUUAAGCGUAAAUAAUAUUUAA